AUGCUUCAUCCCCACGCCGUUCCUAUCCAACGGUUGUACGAUAUUUGCCUCUCAUGUCCAGCACACAUAGAAGGAUGGUUAGAUUGGGGCCAUAGCUACGAUGUAUAUAUUGCGGGCUAUAUAAAACGAUUCUUAUGGGACAAGAGCUCUUCCUUGACGUUAGCCACGUCAGAUCCGUCGGACGUAUUGGAGGUGCGACAAGCGCUUGUUGGUUCUCAGAAUAGGCGACAGAAUACGACAUUGACCAGUUCAAUAUCCUCAGAUUGGGUAACCACCGCUGAUUGCUUUCAAAAGCUUCCUCAAGAGAUACUGGAACAAAUCCAGAUGCUUCUACCAUCUUGCGGUGUUGCCAAUGUUCGUUUGGCAUCAAGGUCGUUUGCCGGCUUACCACUCACGCAGUCAUUCUGGGCUUCAAGGUUUGCUUACCAUCAAGAGCGUGGAUAUUGCUUCGAGGCUAGGGAUCUACUAUAUAAUGGGGCUCAUGCACUGCGCAGUAGAGAUUGGAGGGCUGUCUACGAGGAAACAGCAGUGACAUCAGACUCAUCCAACGAGUUGAAGAAUCGAAAGCGGAUCUGGGGUUACUUGAAGAACAUGGCAGAUCUAGUUCUUGACCAACCGUUGAGCAGUGAAGGGAUGAACAGGGAGCUUGAACUAUGGCCAAAGGAGCCUGUAACAUCGUGGAGACCAGUUGGAGGAGACUUUUCCGUACGAUCCAACGGAAACUCACCUUACCAAAUGAAAUGUAGGGUGAUAUAUGAGCAAACUAUCUCAAUCACCUCUUCGAUAAGAUCAAUCGGGGUUUCCUUUCAGGAACUAAGUGAUAAGAAAUAUGUCUCAGGUCUUCGAUUCGUACUUACAAACAAAGAACAGCUUAUAUUGGGCUAUGCCCUUCCUCCUAAGGAGAAACACAUAGGGUUAAGCAAAGAGUGCUUCAACUUGAAUGGGUUCAUCGCUGCCGUCGGCCCUAGAGGUGUCAUGGCACUCCGUGUUGUAACCGGACAAGGAGAGAUAUCCAACUGGGUAGGCUCGUCAGAAGGCUUGCCGCAGACAGCUCGCCUGUGUACCAAUAGAGCAAUCCACGCUUUGAAAGGUUCCUUCGAUGGUUUCAAAAUGGUAUCUUUAGCUGUCCCCACAGACCUUCAGCCUCUCUUUCCAGAUGAGACCGGAUGUGAACACCUCCCCUUGGGAACUACAGGGCUUUGGUAUCCGGAGAUCCCUCCCUUGUCCUACCAUCUCCACGAUGACAUCUUCGCUGGACGAAGCAUAUCUCUCUAUGAAUACCGCCCACUUGUGCAUGUCAUGUUUGGCGGAAGACGGGGUAACCUCCUUAAAUACCUAACCCGCAUUUCAGUUACAGUGUCCAAUGCAGCAAUUGUGGAGAUAGACUUCUUCUACACAGAUCAUUCCCCCGUAAAGCAACUUCAAGCUUGCCCCUCAACCGCUAGCGGGGACAACUCCGUCAAGAUCCCCUUCCUAAUUGAUGGGCCAGGAGGUGAGCGGUUAACAAGUCUCCAAUCGGACGGUGAUUUCCUCCGAGCGUCUGCUGGCUACGGGUCGUACAGAAUAAAAAUAACAUCAUUGAAGUAA